CUACUUCCUGCCUAAGCCCCAGUCGUCUAGCAAACAUGGCUGCCUCCAGUAGCCGAUGUGUGAGGUUGAUUUUAUGGAAGUAUGGGAGUUGCGGGAAGAAUUUCUGCUUGUCCCGAUCAAGGACAACUUCACAGUUGCCGGUCAGACAGAUUUGUGUGUCAUCGUCUUUGUGGAAGAAGAACCUGGCAGCUGCAGGACCACAGAAAUUCACACAGGAGUUCAUCGACAAACAGGUGGAGGAGUUCGAAAUUGGCAAACGCCACUUGGCAAACAUGAUGGGGGAGGAUCCAGAAACAUUUACACAGGAAGAUGUUGAUAGAAGUAUUGCAUAUCUCUUCCCGUCUGGACUCUUCGAGAAGCAUGCAAGACCUGUUAUGAAGCACCCAGAGCAAAUAUUCCCAAAACAGAAAGCUGUCCAGUGGGAUGCAGAAGGGCGACCUUUUCACUUCCUGUUCUACACAGGGAAGCAGUCCUACUAUUCUCUUAUGCAUGAUGUGUAUGACAAGAUGUUGGUGGUGGAGAAGCAUCAGGAUAAGAUGAGAAAUAAAGGCCUCUUUAUGGCAGACACAAAGCAAAUAUCUCUGAGUGGGAGCAGAUGGCUGUUAAAAGAGGAAAUGGAGGAGAUCCUGGUAGAGAACAUUUCAGAUCAAGACUAUUUGCGGUUUAUCCAGCUGGCGGAGAGGUUGCUGUCCAUGCCGUACUGCUCUCUGGAGGAGGAGUUCAUCCUGAAGUUCCGCAAACCGUUGGAGGUUCAGUCCAGAAAUCAGGAGAUCCCUGUGCUGCAGCACGACGCACGCGGAGUUGCUUUCAGCGUUGCAGAUGGCAGGAGGAAGUCUGCCAAAGCCAGAAUCACCCUCAUAGACAGCGGCUCCGGUAACAUCACAAUCAACGGCACAAACUACCUGCGCUACUUUCCUGUACUACAAGACAGGGAGCAGCUGAUGUUUCCUCUGCACUUUGUAGGGUUGCUCGGCCGCUUUGACAUUGAGGGCAGCGUGGAGGGCAGUGGUCGCUCGUCUCAGGCUGGUGCCGUGCGAUUGGCCAUCUCACGGGCACUGCUCAGCUUUGUGUCUGAGGGAGAGGUGGAGAAGAUGAGGCAAGCCGGUUUGCUGACCGCAGACCCCAGGAUCAAGGAGAGGAAGAAGCCUGGACAGGAAAAAGCUCGCAAGAAGUUCACUUGGAAAAAGCGCUGAACAGGAAAUUGUCAGUACAAGCACCACAACUUUAUUGAUUACUGGAUUAUUGGCUUAUGCUCUGGACAACCAUACACUGCUGAUCUCAAACACAAAUUAGCUGCACUGCAUCAGUUCAAUAAACAUUGUUCUCUAUUGGUUGAUGCAAUCAGGCAUUGAGUUAAAAGGAAACCCUCUUUGUUUGUGUUAAAGUGUAUAGUAAUGCCGGUUUGAAAAUGUUAAUAUGAACAUCUUUCAAUAAACACUUGUUUUUCAUA